UUUGAUUUUAAAAUAAUUGAAUAGAAUAUUAUUUUCUCAACCAACUUUAUUACUUUUUAUGAGUGUCGCACAGCUCUUAUUCGAUUGACAUUGCCUUCCGUUCACCAAUCAUAUUCUUCCAUUUCUUACCCUUCUCGAAUCAAAGUUCACAUUACAGUCUCAGGUUUUCAGUCUUCUCAAUUAUUAUCUACACUGUGCACCACUAGGGUAUGGCUUCUGAUGGAUUCCGGCCACUGGACGAGAAGUUAUUGGUGGAAUACGUGAAGGCAACUCCAGUACUGGCUGAGAAGCUGGGCAAUCAGUUUGAUAAGCUGGAAAUUGAAGAAGUAGGCGAUGGAAAUCUCAAUUUUGUGUAUAUUGUUAUUAGCCCAUCAGGCUCCUUAGUUAUCAAACAGGCUCUUCCUUAUAUUCGUUGUAUAGGGGAGUCAUGGCCAAUGGCAAAAGAACGUGCCUAUUUUGAAGCAAUCACACUAAAAGAGCAUGGUGGCUUGUGUCCUGGCCAUGUUCCUGAGGUUUACCAUUUCGACAGCUCGAUGUGUUUAAUUGGUAUGCAGUACAUUGAGCCUCCUCAUAUAAUCUUAAGAAAGGGGUUGAUUGCCGGGAUUGAGUAUCCAUUGCUCGCAGAGCACGUAUCAGACUAUAUGGCUAAAACCCUAUUCUACACGUCCCUUCUGUAUCUUACAACAACAGAUCAUAAAAGUGCAGUUGCUAAAUAUUGCGGAAAUGUGGAGAUGUGCAGACUCACUGAGCAGGUUGUCUUUUCUGACCCUUACAAAGUGUCUGAACAUAACCAUUGGACAUCUCCUUAUCUUGAUUCUGAUGCCGAAGCAGUUCGGGAGGAUAACCUUUUGAAGCUUGAAAUUGCUGAGCUAAAAUCCAAAUUCUGUGAAAGAGCCCAAGCUCUUAUACAUGGUGAUCUCCAUACAGGUUCUAUCAUGGUUACUGGAGAUUCAACUCAAGUUAUUGAUCCAGAAUUUGGUUUUUAUGGGCCAAUGGGAUUUGAUAUUGGAGCUUUUGUUGGUAAUUUGAUUUUAGCUUACUUUGCACAAGAUGGACACGCUGUCGAUGGGAAUGAUCGAAAUCAUUAUAAAGUCUGGAUUUUGAAGACUAUAACUGAGACUUGGAAUCUCUUCUAUAAAAAGUUUACUGCUCUUUGGGAUGAACAUAAGGAUGGUCCUGGAGAGGCAUAUCUUCCAGCUAUUUAUAAUAAUCCAGACGUACAGUUGCUGGUCAAACAGAUAUACAUGAAAGAACUUUUCCACGACACACUUGGAUUUGGGGCUGCCAAAAUGAUAAGGAGAAUUGUUGGGGUAGCUCAUGUUGCAGAUUUUGAAUCGAUCAAAGAGGCUAAAAAACGAGCAGAUUGUGAGCGAAAAGCUCUUAACUUUGCCAAGAAUCUUCUGAAGGAGAGAAGAAAUUUCCAAAGCAUUAGUGAGGUGGUUUCUGCAAUGGAGAAACUCGAUUAGUUAUCUUCAUAAUUUUCAUAUUUUGGGAUGUCUAAAUAUGUUGGUUUUGAGGAGUGUUUUGCAAUAACUGCUGUGUAUGAAUUGAUUAAGAAUAAACUCCCUUGUGCAGUGGAAGGCUCCCCCUUUUUAUUAUGGAUUCA